AUGGCCGACAGCGAGUACAACGCCGAGGAGGCAGCCGAGUUGAAGAAGAAGAGAGCGUUCCGCAAGUUCUCCUACCGCGGUAUCGAUCUGGAUGAGCUCCUCGACCUCUCCAGCGAACAACUCCGCGAUGUCGUCCACGCCCGUGCCCGCCGCCGGUUCAACCGUGGUCUUAAGCGCAAGCCUAUGGGUCUGAUCAAGAAGCUGCGCAAGGCCAAGCAAGAGGCUAAGCCCAACGAGAAGCCCGAUACCGUCAAGACUCACCUUCGCGACAUGAUUAUCGUGCCAGAGAUGAUUGGCUCAGUGGUGGGUGUGUACUCUGGCAAGGAAUUCAACACGGUCGAGGUCAAGCCUGAGAUGGUUGGGCAUUAUUUGGCGGAGUUCUCUAUCUCUUACCACCCCGUCAAGCACGGUCGUCCCGGUAUUGGUGCUACGCACUCUUCCCGUUUCAUUCCCCUGAAGUAA